CGUCUCUUCCCGGGAAAGUUAACCAUGGCAUGCAUAACACAUUAUCUCACUAUUUGCAUUUUCAACCCACAACACAAACCUAUCAAACCACCAAACUUCACUCAUUCUUUCCCUAACUUAGACGACAGGCUGUGUGAAGAAAUAGCCUGCAAAAUUAUAUGCACUCAAAAGACAGAAUAGCUUUCUGCAAUCCCAGAAAGCCAUACUUUUCUGCAUUCAUAUCUCUCCAUCUUUCACCUCCACAAAAUUGUAUAUAAAUGGAUACGUACCUCUGAUUUCUUCUUCACAUACAUUUUCUCCCAACAGUAAACACAAACAAAACCAAGCCAUGUCUUUGAGCCCUCCUAGAGAGAGAACCCAAGGUGCCAAUGAACCCAUCAACAACAACGACAACAAUGGCAUUGCCAACAGAAACUUCCAGCUCUACUGGUGCUACCGAUGCCAUACAGCUGUCAGGAUUUCAUCUUCCGCAAACCCUUCAGAAAUCAUCUGCCCUCGAUGCUUCGGCCAAUUUGUUCAAGAGCUUGAAGUCACUAGACCGAGGCUUUUUGUCGAUUUCACUGCUUUUGAUCCUUCUCCAGAAGCCCGUUUACUUGAAGCUCUCUCCAUCAUACUCGACCCUCCCAUCAGGCUGUUCAAUCGCACUCCUUCUGAAACCCAAGACCCCUCUCGCCGCCGUCCUUGGUUCCGUCGCCCAAGAAACAACAUUAACAUUGAACCGGAACCUUCUACGCCUCGGCCUCGGACUUGGAUUGUGCUUCGACCAGUGGGACCUUCGAAUCCUAUUGAACCAAUCAUGCGUCCGCCAAACCUUGGCCCUCCUGGGGUUAAUCCGAGGGACUACUUUUUCGGGCCAGAGCUGAACCAACUAAUAGAAGAGUUGACACAAAAUGAUCGUCCGGGUCCACCUCCGGUACCGGAUGCUGCCAUCGAUGCAAUACCAACGGUGAAAAUAACGGAAACUCAUUUGAAGAAUGAGCCAAACUGUCCGGUUUGUAAAGAGGAGUUCAAGGUAGAUGGAGAUGCAAGAGAAUUGCCUUGUAAACAUAUAUACCAUAGUGAAUGCAUUGUUCCUUGGUUAAGGUUGCAUAAUUCUUGCCCUGUGUGUCGAAAUGAAGUGCCCAUUGCUUCUGAUUCUAAUAUUGAUACGAGUGGACAGGAUGAUGAGUGUAGCGAGGAUCAUGAAGAAGAGGGUCGAAGAAGAAGGUGUUGGAGGUUGAGGCAAUUGGCUUGCCUGUGGCCUUUCAGAGCAAGGUAUGGAAGAAUACAUCCGCGGCCUGAUAUUGCUGGCAACUCCCAAGGACAAGAGGUUGGCACAAGUUCAUGUCAUUGCAAUAUUCUAUAGCUCUUGUCUGCAGCUCUUCUUGCUAGAAGCAAGAGAAUAUCAACUUCAUACGACUAAAAAGUUAGGAUCUUAUGUGAAAUUUGAACUAAUUAUGGAGAGGGGACUCCUAUUUAGCCCUCGUGCUCUUAUGUGUGUUUUUAAUUUUAUUAUCAAUUUAAGAACAGUUGAGCAAUUGACCA